UAUCGGACGGAAGUGCACGCGCACAGGCGCACAAGCGCACGCGCCCUGAAGCGAGUAUGUAAAACUUGGAGCAGAAGUUUAUUCCCUCAGUGAGUAACACCAUGUCUCCGACCAACAAGUGGUGGAUUGUGUGCGCAGCGUCUCUGUGCUGCCUGGCUGCGUGGGGCUCCUGCAGCGGCGACGAGCGAGAUGAUGGAAAACAACCCGGGCCUCUCAUCUUCAGUGAGAUUUGCGGCAUGAAAGCUGAUCCGGGACCUUGCAAAGCCAUCAAGGACAGAUUCUUCUUCAACAUAGACAGCGGACAGUGUGAGCAAUUUGAAUACGGCGGCUGCGGCGGGAACGCCAACAACUUUGCCACCGUGGAAGAAUGUGAAGAAGCGUGCGUUGUCACAGCCGACAAGAGUCCGUGCCACCUGCCCGAGUCCUCGGGUCCCUGUCGAGGUUUGCUGAUUCGCUACUUCUAUGACAGCGCGGCUCAGAUGUGCACCGACUUCUACUACGGCGGGUGUUUGGGGAACGCCAACAACUUCCUGAGCAUGGAGGCGUGUCAGGCCAGAUGUCCGGGUCCAGAGAAAACCACCAAACUACCAGACGACGUCGCCGUGAAUCAACCUCAGGUGCAGCUCAGUCCCCCGAAGCUUCCCCAUCACAACGACGGAGAGAUGGCCACGUUUUGCUUGAGUCCGAUUGAGCGAGGGCCCUGCGACGACUCCAUCAAAAGGUUUGGCUUCAACCCCAAAACCAAGCGCUGCGAGAUGUUCCUGUACAGCGGCUGUGGAGGGAACAAGAACAACUUCACUCGCCGCAGAUACUGCAUCCGCAGGUGCAUCAAGAGAAUCUCUGGGAUGAACAUGAUCCGUCUAAAGAGGAAAAAGAUGGAGGACCUUUUGCUCAGCUCGUCCUGAGACGACGCUGUCUCAUGGUGGAGUCCCUCCAAGCACCCGACGCUUCAGUGUUUUAGUCGUGACAAUAAACACUUCUGUUUAGCUGACCACACACUCCAGUGCUCGCCGGUUUCUUCGCUACUAUAUAAUCACCUUUGUUGUUUUUAAUGACAUACACAAACGCUGCAUUGAGAUUAUCAUCCAUAUGUAUUUGUGUCGUCUUGUGACGUCAUUCAUUGAGUAAUAAUCUAUAUUAAGAGCAAAUCAUCAGGGGAUUAAUCCACUCUGACGCUGGGAUGUACGACAACACAGAGAUUAAAUCUAUUCUCAAGGGCAAAUGAAACAACCUGCGCUCACGAUCACCUCUAAUAUGACAUCAUUCUUGUUGGGUUAACCGUCAUUACAGGUUGUUCACCUCUGCCGCCAGAAUUGUAGUAAGGCCAGAUGAUCAAAAGGGGGCGAUGUUGUGUUACCAAAGUUUCACUCGCUUAUUUUUGCUUAUUGUUUUCCUUUCAUGUAUUUGAUUGGGAGUUUAUUUAAUAAAAUUUGACUGUCGCUUA